AUGAUAGACGGUAACCAACAAGCACCAAAUGCUCCAUUCCGGUCACUUUCUACAAGUUCUAAUAUUUCUUUAAAUUCUUCUUCAACAUCUAUUACAAGAGUUCCUCUGGGACCUAUACAGACAUUAAAUGUUAAUUUUAAUCGUCAAUCAACUCCACAGGAUCAUUUAUACUUUAAAGCUGAAUCUUUAAAACAACGAAUUAGUAAGAUUCAAGGAAUGGAUUAUUUCCUUAGAAAAGCUUAUAAUGUAGCUGAAGGUUUAGCUGAACAACAAGCUUUAGCACUUUCUCAACAAAUUCAACAAGAUAAUAAUGGAUUUAGAAGUUCAAUAGAUUCUUCUAAUUCUGAUAAUUCUACAUCUUCAAAACUGCAAUUAAAUAAUAUUCAUACAUUUACUGCUGGUAUUUUACCUGCAAAUAUAAGUGUUGAUCCUGCAACAUUAUUAUGGAGUUUAUUUCAACAAGGAGCUCCAUUAUGUCUUAUAUUAAAUUAUGUUAUUCCAAGUUAUGAAGUACCUGUAUUACAAAGUGAUGAUUUAAGAAUGUGUAAAAAAUCAGUUUAUGAUUUUUUAAUUGCUGUUAAAAGUAAAUUAAAAUUUGAUGAUGAAUUUAUGUUUACAAUUUCUAAUGUAUUUCUGGAUAGUACAAAUGAUUUAUUAACUAUUAUUCGAGUUGUUAAUAAAGUAUUAGAUAGUAAAGAAGAAGCUAGAUUUGAAAUUGAUAAAGAUUCUCCUCAACCUCCAAUUGGAGAAGUUAUUAUAACUGAUGAUAGAUCUAAAGUAGUUAAAGAACUUAUUGAAACUGAAAGAAAGUAUCUUCAAGAUUUAGAAUUACUUUCAAAAUAUCAAAAGGAAUUAUUAGAGGCAGAAAUUUUACCUAAUGAACAAAUUCAUUCAAUUUUCCCUAAUUUAACUGAAAUUAUUGAUUUUCAAAGAAGAUUCCUUAUGGGAUUAGAAUGUAAUAUAAAUGUACCAUAUAAAUAUCAAAGAAUUGGAUCUGUAUUUAUUCAUGCUUCUAAAGGUCCAUUUAAAGUAUAUGAACCUUGGACAGUUGGUCAAUUAAAUGCUUUAGAUAUAAUUAAUAAAGAAGCAGUUAAUUUAAAAAAAUCUUCAACUUUAUUAGAUCCAGGAUUUGAAUUACAAUCAUAUGUAAUUAAACCAAUUCAAAGAUUAUGUAAAUAUCCAUUAUUAUUAAAAGAAUUAAUUAAAAAUGCUCCAGAAUCUAUUGAUUCAAAUAUUCCAACAUCAGCAGUUUAUAAUGAAUUAGUUAUGGCAAGAAGUGCUAUGACAGAUGUAGCUAAUCAAGUUAAUGAAGCUCAAAGAAGAUCAGAAAAUGUAGAAUAUGUUCUGCAAUUAUAUGAUCGAGUUAGUAAUUGGAGAGGAUUUAAUUUAAAAGAUCAAGGAGAAUUAUUACAUCAUGGAACAGUUGGAGUUAAAGAUGCUGAACUUGAAAAGGAAUAUGUUGCUUAUUUAUUUGAAAGAAUUAUAUUUUUCUUUGUAGAACUUCCUUUACCUGAAGUACCUAGAAAGAAAAUAUUAUCAUCUAGAAAGAAAUCGACUAGUAGUAGUGCAUCUGUUUCAACGGCUAAUUUAUUAGAAAGUCUUACAAGUGCCAAAAAUGAUAAAUUAACUCAAUUAGAAUUAAAGGGAAGAGUUUAUAUACUGGAAAUUUAUAAUAUAUCUGCACCAUCAAAUCUUGGAUAUACAUUAGUUAUUUCAUGGUCAGGUAAAAAGGAAAGUGGAUCAUUUACAUUAAGAUAUAGAACAGAAGAAAUUAGAAAUCAAUGGGAAAAUUGUUUAAGAACUUUAAAGGCUAAUGAAAUGAAUAGUCAUAUUCAUAAAAAAUUAAGAGAUUCUCAAGCUUCUAAUGAUUCUACUAUAUAUGAUUAUACUGCUGCAUAUGCUCAAAGUAAUGGAUCACCUCCAAAUGUUCAUGAUUCUCAAUCUUCAAGAUCUUCAAAUGGAUCUACUCGUCAUCAUUCAUCAUCAUCUACAUUCAGUAUGAUGAGAAGUGCACGAGCUAGAUCAGGAGGAUUUGAAUCAUCUCGAUUAUCUGGUGGACAACUUGGUAGUCAAACUACUAAUACUCCAAUAACUGCUGCAGUUGAAGGAGGAUUUACUGGUAAUGAAAUUCUUGUUAAAGUUAUAUAUAAUUCUAAAGAAAUUCCUGAUGCUAUAAUUGUUUCAUCAAAUAUUCAAUUUACUGAAUUAUAUCUGAAAAUAUCUAGUAAAGUUGCUAGUAGUCAAUUAGUUUCUGAUGAUAUUUUAGUUAAUAAGUUGAAGUAUAAGGAUGAAGACGGAGAUUUUGUAGUUAUGGAUUCCAAUGAUGAUUGGAUAUUGGCAGUUGAUAUGGUUAAUGAGUUUAUGAUUGAUAGUGAUGAUAAAAGAGAGUUGACUAUUUGGGUGUCCUAG